CGUGGGUGUAUCCAUUAACCUCUCAUAUAACCGAUCCGCCAUUACGAUCGUGAAAAAUAAGGGACGUGCAUAAUCAAAACACAAGUUUGAUCUUUCUUAAAAGCUGUGGACUGCUUCGCUGUAUCCUAAUUUAAGAAUGCCUAGAAUAUUUAUUCAUACAAACUUGAAAGAUUCAGAUUUACAAGAUGACUUUGAAGACAAAGUAGCACAGAAAAUUAGUGAGGUUCUUGAAUAUCCGUUAGAGUUGGUGUAUAUAAAUGUCUCAACAGGUAACAGGAUGAUAAAUAAUGGAAGGAAAACACCUAUGAUGUUUGUAGAUAUAGAAUCAGUGAACCGGUUUAAUGAAAAAGUCAACGAUGAUUACACAAAAGUCUUUAUUCCAUUUUUUGCUUCAUUACUGAGCAUGCCAACUAAUAGAAUUGUUGUAAAAUAUUAUGAUGCAAAUAUUGCCGAUUUUGGAGUCGUCAGACAAGCGCCAGAAUUCAAACAUGCUGAAUAUUAUUUAGCAUUGAAGGAAUAAUUAUUCCUAUGACAUGUCUCAAUGAUUUUAUUUCCAAUUUUUUACAGGAUUUUCUUAAUAUACUUGAACAUUAAUUUUGCUUUUCUAUAGUAUAGAAGUUCCCAGUAAAUUGAGAAUUACUGUAAUAUAUCGAUCAAUAGAAGAAAGCAAUAAAUAGAUACAAACAUUAA